AACCUCGAGAGGACAAAGUCGGCAAGAUUUGAGGCCGCUGAUCGAAGACGUAUCUGAUACGUAUACACAACGAUCGUGACAGCAUACGUAGACGAGAUUACAUGGCGAGUUAUUCACGAGGGCGAUCCUCUCGACAAUCCGAUGACACAAUGGACGAUGAUAUUGAUGACAAAGAUGACUCGAAGCGGAAAUCACGUAAUUUGAGUGAGAAGAAACGAAGAGAUCAAUUUAACAUGCUUGUAAAUGAGCUUGGUAGUAUGGUCAGUUCGAAUACGAGAAAAAUGGACAAAUCGACAGUGUUAAAGUCGACAAUAUUGUUUUUAAAAAAUCAUAAUGAGAUAGCUGUUAGAUCAAGAGUGCAUGAAAUUCAAGAAGAUUGGAAACCAUCUUUUCUAUCAAAUGAGGAAUUUACACAUUUAAUACUAGAGGCUCUGGACGGUUUUAUAAUGGUAUUUUCUUCAAGCGGGCGCAUUUAUUAUGUGUCUGAAAGCGUCACAUCUCUUCUUGGAUAUCUUCCAAACGAAUUGGAAAAUACGACCGUUUAUGAUAUCACGUAUCAAGAAGAUCAAUCUCCUCUUUAUAAUGUACUAUUAAAUCCUGCUAUCACAAAAGAUCGACGGAAUAUCAGAGAAGAGGACAAAAUAUCUUUUUCGUGUCACAUUAAAAGAGGAGGUCAAAAUAUUGAAGAAAACCCAAUAUACGAGCUUGUGCAAUUUGUCGGAUAUUUUCGUUCUGAUGUCGAUACAGAAGUGGACAAUCUGCUUCCUAAUACAAAAUUCGGAAAUACUACUGGAAAAGAUACAAAAUUGGUUUUCGUGGGUACAGGACGCCUCCAGACACCUCAAUUGAUCCGUGAAUUAUCCGUGAUGGACAAUACGAAAUCGGAAUUCACCUCACGUCAUAGCCUCGAAUGGAAAUUCUUGUUUUUGGAUCAUCGAGCACCACCCAUUAUUGGUUACUUACCAUUUGAAGUAUUGGGUACCUCUGGAUACGAUUAUUAUCAUGUAGACGAUUUGGACAAAGUGGUAACAUGUCAUGAAUCACUAAUGCAAAAGGGUGAGGGAACCUCCUGUUACUAUAGAUUCCUUACGAAGGGACAACAAUGGAUAUGGUUGCAGACUAGAUUCUAUAUUACGUAUAAUCAGUGGAACUCAAAGCCUGAAUUUAUCGUGUGUACGCAUUAUGUCGUUAGUUAUAUCGAUGUGAUCAAAGAAUUGCGCAAAGAAUCGCAGAGUUUUAAUAAAGAACAGAGUCAAGAUGUUAUAAUGUCAGUAAAACAAGAACAGGUAACAACAUCAUGUCCAGUUCCUCCAACACAGUGGCCAACAAAGUCAUCCAAGACAUCGAAAUCAAUACCAUCAAACACUCGACCGAGACAUCAUGUCGAAAGCUCUGAUAGUUCGUCAAUAUCAGCCUCAAUGCAAAGUUCACCUCAUUCGCAGAUAACGCAUAUUUCACGUUCAAAAGGUACAUCUGCAAACAGUUCUGUUGCAUCGAAGACUCAAAUGCUUCAAAUAGAUACUAGGCAUCAGCAGCAACAACAACAGCAAUCUCAACAAUCUUUGUUGGAAGUGGAUCAAAGUUGUAUUAAUUUCAUGGAACAUUCACAGUAUGCGGGAGUUAAUUUGCAAUCCGUCAACACAGAUUUUGAGACUCCUUCCGUGCCGAUUAUAUCUUCAUUACCAACGCAAGAGAUGUUACAUCAGCAAAAUAUCGUAAUGACACCAGCGCAGAAUCAAAUUCAAGAUGAAUUGCAACGAAAACAUGAAGAACUGCAACAAUUAAUAAUGCAUCAGCAAGAAGAACUGAGAAAAGUAUCGGAACAGCUGCUUAAAUAUGGAAUUUUAUCACUCAAUACGGGAAUGCCAUACAAUGCCACCAACACGUGUCAACAAAUAAAUAGAUGCAAUACAACCAAUUCGAACGUUCAAUUACCAACAUCAAGUAGUGUGCAUGGAGUGAACGUUCUUCCUCUUCCCAUCACAGUUCCAAUGCCUAUAGUGCCUAUAGAAUUCUUUUCGCAUUCGUUAGCAGUGAGUCCAGUGCCAAUGUCUGGUCAAGCUCAAGGUAACGUAGACACGAUGAUUCAGCCUCAACAACAAUCACAUCAACAACUACAGCAUCAGCAGCAACAAUCCCAACAACAAGGACCAACUCAACAGAAUGGCAACCAGCCUGAUCUCGUGCCUUUUCAGAUGUGUCCGCAUCAAGCAGACAUGUUGUAUAACGAGAUGGAAUCAGCUUCGAAUCAACAAAGAUCAUCGCAGAAUUAAAUAAAUUGAAUAUAUGUUCGUAUUGAAAUUUAUUUAUCAUGGAAGUUGGAGUUUGAAGAGAUAUUCGGUAAGAGAAAUAUCAAGGGACCUAAAUAUUUAAUAAUCGUUGUCGAAACGAUGUAAUUUUGUAAUUUCGCUUGUAAUUGCAAUGGAUACGAAGGAUUUCAUAUUUUUAUACAAGUGAGUUGUACAAAAAAAUAUUCCGUCUAGGGAGCAGUGUUAUAAUUAGAAUGCGAAUUGGACGGAUUUUGUAAGUCUUUCUUCUUUUUUAUUUGACAUAAAAAGAUUAAAACCUUUAAAAUUUAUUUUUCAAAUUUAUGUUAUUUUUUUUUCUUUUUUCUUUCAUUGUAAAUGAAUUUUUAUCUAAAUUUGAUAAUUGAAUUAAAAAUUUUUAUUACAAUAUAUCAAAUUUAUACAGUUUUAAAUUUUUAUCAUUGAAAAUUUUGUUAAAUAAUUAAUUUUUAAAUAUAUUAGAAAAAUAUAAAUGCAAUUAAUUGCUAAUUUAAUAACAUAAUUGUAAGUUUAAUUAAAAAAAUAUCAUUUAUAUUUGAGAAAAGAAAAAAUUCAAUUCUUCUGUAAUAUUCAGUUUGCAAUAUUACAAUAAUAUAAAAAUUUUCUUAUAUUGUGUUUUCAUAAUACAUCCGUCCAGUUUAUAUCAUAAUAUCAUAAUAACGAAUCACUACUUCCGUUAUUUAUUUGUAAUCGAUAUUUUUAUUUUCUACUCUUCGAAAUAUUGAUAUUUAUAUCUUGCAAAGAGCCAUUUUAUGUCUCCCAUAUCGUAUAUACAUAUGUAUAAAAAUUUUGUAUAAAGUUUGUCCACUCAUCGUUUGAAUUUGAAAUGGAUGUGAUAAGAGAUGAUAGCUGUUUAAUAUGAUUUAUAAAAGUACAAAACAUAUUUGUAAUUGACUAGUUUAAUAGAAAAAGUGCUUAUAUCGAAAUAUAAAUAAAUUUAUAAUAAUUUAUACUUUUCAAAUUCUAGAAGAAAAACUUGAAAUAUUAAAAAAAUUCAUAAUGAAUAACCUGGAUCCAAGAAUACAAACGUUUAAUUAAUUAAUAGAAGAGAAUCAAUAUAAUAUUUAAUAAAAUGUUUUAAAUAUUAGUUUAUUUGAUAACUAUUUAGUAUAAAAAUUCAGAAAUUAAUGCAAAUGUGACAUACUUUUUUUUUUCUUUAAGCUUUUCAAUUGGAUUCUUGAUUAAAUGCAUUUUAUAUUUCAAAUAUAUGCCUCAGAUGAUCAAGGAUCAACAAAGGAAGUUACAGAUGAUAAAUUAAUUUCAAAUGGAUAAAUUAUCUUUUCAUUUGCAUUUAUUUAGAAUCUCAAUCAAUUUAAAAUAAAUAAGUGUUAAAAAUCAUAAAAAUCAUAAAAAUCUAGAAAUAACAACGAUUCUCUAAAAUUAUUUUACAUUACUAGAAUAAAUUAUAUUAUAAUUUUUAAAAUUUUUAUUCUUUAAAACUAUUUAUCAUCAAUGUAACUUUCAUUAUCAUUAAUAUAAUUAUUUUUCAUAUAAUUAUUUUUUAAUCCCAAUAUUUUUAUGGAGAAUAGAAAUUUUUCAAAAACAGGGUAUAUUUACAUACGUAUAUAUAUAUGUAUGUAUAAUUAACGAAAUGAAAAAGUAAUAUAUUUUGUUGUAAAUGUAUCAUAAAUAUUUGUAUGUGUCUAUAGAGGAACGAUGUUUUAUUAUAUCCGUGAAUGUGCAUCAAAAUCAAUAUAUUUUAUGAUCGUUGUUAAAUGGAUAUACAUUAAGAUAGAAUGAAAAUUAUGCUUAUUUUCUAAUAGUGGAAAAAAAUUUUUAAUCUUCCAAAUUUCAUAUACAAAGCUUAAAAUUAAUUUUUAAAAUAUCAUAAGAAUUUUGAAGUUUUAAUUUUUUUCCAAUUAUUUUAAUAUAAUAUAUUUUAUCAAUUAUAAUAUAUUUUUUUUAAUUUUAGAUUAUAAAUUAUAAAAAUUUUUAUUCACUAUUAGAAAUAAAUAGCAAAAAAGAACUUUAUUUCAUUCUAUCUUAUUAUACAUAUACAAUAUACAACAAUAUACAAUAUAGUAUAUUGAGGAAUUCAUAUACAUUUCUAUUAACUGGACAUGUCACGAUGAAUGUGUCUGGCUAUGACUAUUACAUAUUAAGACAAUAACUUUUUCCCGAAAAAUGAUUGUAUAUGAUAAUAUAAAAAUUUUAAAAAUAUAUACAUAUCUAAUGUGCAAAUAAAAAUUCCUAAAAUUAGUAAUGAAA